CUCACAUCAGUGGCACCUAAAUAAUGCAACAGUAUUUCUGCGUCGUGACAACUUUUUGUUUCUGUGUUACGUACAGUGUUUUCAACGACUGAAUUUCAUAUCUCGGUCAUCGGUGUUUCAAAAUUUAAGAAAAUGAUGCAACAUUUAUCUGUUUUACUCAUAAUACUGAUUGCGUUUUCAGCAUAUUGUUUUGGAGUAAUGAUCCCUUAUCAAAAUGCAACUACGAUCUAUUAUUCCAAGAAUGAAAACCUCACUAUUACUUGUACUGGUACAGAUGAAAUCAUGUGGAAACGCGCCAAUAACGAGACUGGUAGUUACGCAGUAAUUACGCAAACCCCACGCAGAAAAAUCCUUCAAAUAAAAAACGCUUCAUUGGUUAACGCUGGGAUUCACCUAUGUUAUUCAGCAACGAACAGCAGCGACUUGAUGGGCAUUUUUCUUUUUCCUGAUACUAAAUCCUUUUACGAAGGUAGAAAGCCAAUAAGAUUUCCACAACUUAACCUGACUGCUCAAUCGAUGAAUGGAGAAUAUGAUCUUGAAUUCUUGAAUUAUUAACACCUUUAACUGGAUAAUCUAAAACUAUGCCAUAAUGUUAUGUUUAAUCUAGGUCUAAUAAUACCUAAAUAAAUAUUCGAGUGUAAAAUCUCUAAAUCAUACAUCAAUUUACUUAACUAUGUACCUAUGUUAAAACUAAAGAAUCUGCUUAUGACCUCAUUUUUCAACUAAUCUAGUUGUCUUGCCAAAAAAUAUGAAUUUGAAAAAUAGGUACUCAUGUGUUGGGUGGGUACUAAGGAGUAUAGACAGUGUAGAGGAAGACCGGGAACUGGAAAGAUGAAAAUCUUGAAGCUUUUCCUUUAUAG